AUGCAAAGCUCUUGCGCAUUUGAUUCGGGGCCCUGGGAUGGCAUCCGAAAUGUGUCCGUGGCACCGGAGCGCUUCGCAAAGGCCAGGCGAUCUUCUGCGAUAUCGAUAGCCACCACACGGGCGGCGCCAAAUGCACGGGCAACAGCACAGCAGAGGAGCCCAAUUGGUCCGGCGCCAAAAAAUGGCAAAGCUUUUGCCUUGCGCGUCUCCAGCAAGACGACAGCAAUGCACUGCGACACUCAAUGGCUCAACGGGCGCCCCUUCGCGGAGCGAAACCUGGCCUGGAAGCAGAUGGCAGCAUUCUUCCGGGAGAACGUAGUAGGUCGCAAGGGUACCGUCGUAUGGCGGUGUCGCGGCGAAUUUCACAUCCGCGCAAAGGUUGUAACGGCCACUCCUGCACUUUUGGCAAACAUUGCAAGCAGCGCCAGGCUCAAGAGCUACUCGGUCGCCGGCUCUCAGGUUCUUGACAUCGGGUCCGCAUUCUUCGAUGAUUCCUGCCGAUUCGUGGCCCAGGACAAUGGGUUUAUCGACGACGUAUCUGCCGAUUCGGCCAUGUUGCCAGUAAUGAAUCUUGCAGAUGAGAUCGUCAGCGUCGCUCGCAUUAGAAAAUGUGAUAUUGGAGGUCAUCUUACAUCUGAGCCACAAAGUCCAGUCACCAUAACCUUUACCAGCACAUCUCUUGUCGAACGGAGGCUUGGUUUAGAGCGAACUUCAUAG